ACUGAUCUCUCCGGUGGGUUGUCGAUAUCCGAGUACUCUUCCCGGUUAUUCCUGCACAAUUACGUCCAUCCACAUGACAUCCGUACUAUCAUGGCCAGUUUCGGCGUAGUACAUGUUUCCUUGGAACUAUCAUUAUGUUGUAUUAACAGACUUUCUUUCUUUUUCAUAUUGUGCAGAACUCAGAUUUAUGACAAGGACACAAGCAAAUUUAUAGCAUCCGUUGUGAUGAUACAAGGGAAGUAAGCAUAGAUGCGCUCAACGUGAUGAUAGGUGGGAGAGCUCGGCCUAUGCUGCCAACUGAUCUGCAACGGUGCAGAAGGAGAUUUCAAAAGCAGGGCAAGCGAGAGCGACUGUUCUAUUGAUGGUCAAAAGGGAGGGCUUGGCAAGAGAGAUUGAGGGAGCUCUACUACCUCGAUCUUGGCAUAGAACCUGAUGGCAUCAUGCCCAGGAAACUUCCUUCUUCAGUAUGUAUGGGGAUUUAUAUGACACCAAAAGAGAAGUCCGGCGUGUUUCUUGGUUCUAUGGAACCCCUCGACCGGAAGCAAAUAGAUCACAUCGCAAGUUGCUUGCCCAAUAUAAUCGUGCCGCAAGUUACCAACAUCGCGUGCUUAUACACCAUCGACUUUGCUGGAAAUCUAUCUGUCCGUGCUCCAUCGUCUGUCGGAACUUCUUCUGCCCAUGCUACACCUGAGCUCAACACUGCAUCGCCCGGUUCGUUUGCUUGCUUCCUUUGCUUGGCUCAGGAAGGAGAAGGCCAGGACUAGCGACAAGAACCUAAGGGUCUUGCGUCACGGCCUUUGCCCAGAAGGCGAAGAACUAAAACUAAUUUUUUU